AGCCGGAGCGAGAUGCUUCAUCUGCCGGGAUUCGUGGUCCAGGAUGGCAUGGGUGGGACAAUGAGAGGGAUUGGGAAAAAGGUCCAAUAGAGCGAGCAUAUCUAAAACUGACACCUGAGGUCACCAUUGCAUGGUUUGCGCACUUAAGAUGAUUAGAUUGGGGUGGCCAACACGAAAGCUUCGAAACAUCAACGCGGGGGAAUUACUUCACAUAGCACUGGGCGGGAAAGCACGGCACGGCGUUAGAUGGUUUGGGACGCCCGGGACGGCUCUUGGGCGGUUGGUCGGUCGAGUUCCGGUGAUUUAAGUCUGGGUCGUUUUCUUGGGUCGAUCGAGAGGGAGUUGGGUAUCAAAAAAACAGAAAACAACAACACAUACAGAUAAAAAGAUGGAAAGGGGAAGGAAAGCGAUGCAUAAAGAGGGCCUGCGCCGGCGACGGCCAGACGAAGGUAAGACUGUCCAGCUCGUCUGCCGUCGGGCUCGCACAGCGUGUCGGCGUUCUCUGCCCUCGUGCCUACAUCCACCCGGCACGUGGCGCGCAGCGCCACGAUGGACUCGGACCCGAACCCGGACCUGCGCCUUGGCGCAAUUUAAUCACAAAACAUACACAUACAUAUACACAUGCACACUAUCGUCGGCAAGCGAUAGUGAAGAAAAAGGGGGACGAGGAGAGGAAAGGGGAGAAAAUGGGAGGCUGAAAAGGCCCAGGGGCGCGGGAGGGAAAGGGUGGGACUUGGGGUUCGCGUCUUUUCACUUGCCCUCUCCAAAUUCCACCCCCCUUUUUUGCGCCCCUGGAAGCGAGAGUGGAAAGACGCGCCGGAUGGGAUUCGAUUCAUACCCAACGUACAUAGCUUUUACCAACAUACUACUACAUAUACGUAUAUAGACGACAACCAAACCCUACUCUGCUCUACUCGCUUAACUAGGUACAUUUAUUUACCUAUCUACCUACCUAGGUACUCACAUAGAUCUAUCUUCCAAC